CAGGGGGUCAACCUAUCAGGAUUGGGGACCUUCACAUUUUCUCUGCAGAACUUCAACACAGGACACAGGUUCUCUAAGGUCCAUCAUCCCAUCUUCAUCUUGGCAGGGAAACUAUCCCAGUCUUUAGGGCUACACCAGGUCAGGUGGUUGGCCGAAGCACACGUGCCUGUAGUGCCUCUGAACUUCGCAGCCGUGUCGCAGCAGACGCCCUACAGUCGAGACGUCGUGGAGGGCUGCGUUAGAGAAACUCUGACGGCGCUGCACCGAGCCUUGGCAUCGGAGAGGCACAUAUUCCUCCCCUUGAAGGGAAUUGGAGUUCUGUCCUUCAGGAACAACAAGGUUCAGAUGAAGUUCAGCAGGGAUUUCAUUAAUACAAUCAGUGAGACACAUCAGACGUUAAAAGAUUCCAGGAUGAGAGCUGGGAGCAGUGGUUCCUUGUCAUCUGGUGAAGUCACUGAGCUUCAAAGGCCACAGACUGCCUGCCGCGUCUCCCUCCAAGCUAUCGGCUCUCCUCAGACGGAUAACAAAGGAAUCGGCAAAGAUGGCUCAAACGUUUUGCCAUCUGGGGACCAGAGGAGCAAAAAAGAGGUUCCCCAACAAAGAGAGUCUAAAUCCAAUCAGUCACUGCAGAUGAAAGCUGUUGGCCUGACUGAGGAACUGAAUCCAAUCCCCCCUGCGGUGCCCACAAGCAGUGUGAUACAUGGAGAACUUCCCAAACUGGACCAGCAUCUCAAAAAUGUCAACUGCUCUGGUCAGAUCCCUGCUGAAAGGGAGCUGUGCUACUUGUGCAUACAGCGGGCUCUGAGGAACGUUCCAGAGAACAGACGGGAGCGACAAGACGCAGAGGAGAAAGCUCACGGAAACCUUUUACUGCUUAAAGAACAGCUGAGAGAUGAGCAGGAGAUGGAGCAAGAGCUGGCAAAACUGACUGAGAGGCAUGAGCAGGCAAAGAAGGUGGCUGCGUUCAACUUGCACAUGUCAAGGCAGGAGAAGAGCUCCCGUUUCGACUGUCCUAGAUCAUUCGUAUUCCCGGCUCGACCGGUCACUCCCCCGAAGAGGAUACAGCAGCAUCGUUACAGGAGUGAUCUACGGAGCCAGAUGGAAAGGAGGCAGCAACUCGUGGCUCAGGACCAGCAGUAUCGCCUUCUUACAGAGCGACUUGACCAGAUGCAGCUGAUACAGGAGAUAGCUUUGCAGAGGGCUCAGCAGCUCCAGAAGAAACUGGAGAAAACCAAGCAUUACAGGAAGGCUCUGGACACUCAGGUGGAGGACAAGAUGUUCACAUCAUGUUCUGAGCGUCCGCCUGACAAACCAAGACUAACUCGCUGCGAAACAGCAAUUAGGAGGGCUGAGAGCCGAAAGAGAGCACAAAAGCUCUUUCAGGCGAAUUUCGGCGUUGCCACUCAGAGAAAGACGGAGGAGAUGCAGAAUCGGCGACUACAGCUGGAAACAGAAAAGGAAAUGCUAAAACACACUAAAACAGAGUUAAUGCGGGACACCACCAAUCAUUUUGAAAAGAAGCGUGCCAUCCGAAAAUCGCUGGAGGACGAUUGGAGUCGAAGUGUCGAGCUCAAACAUAGGCGAGAGGAUGAGGAGAGGCGCUUCCUGAGGUCAACUGGAAAACUCCUGGUAGACAAACUCGAAGAAUGCCAACGCUGCUGGAGGUGUAAAAAGAGGACCACCAACUGUGGAGAAACCAACAUAUGGAAGGACUCCCGUUACCUUUCGGGUUCACAGUUUAUGAUCUGAAGCAGAACGACGUUACAAGGAAAACACUAGCAAAUUGAACAAGUCGUUGCUGCAUUGCAGCCCAGUGUAGUAUGCACUAUUUUACCUAUUCUUGGUCACUCUUUCACAAUUAUAAUGCGCGAUUCGUAUCUGCUCUGUGUGUUAUUUGGUUGUUGUUUUUUUGUCGUUUUAGACUGGAAACUUUUUUCAGAGCUCCAUAAUAAGUGUUUCUACGGGAUAAGUUUGAAAUAGGAUUUGACUAUUGUGAGCUUAAUUUCAUUGCUGUGCAUUUAUUAUCAUUAAAUUAAAGAAGCAAAUCUGGGAUGAUGUGAGCCUUGUCAGAGAGAAUCUGUACAAAACAGGCGACUUGUAGUUAGAAAGAUUUGAAGUGGUGUGGAAAUACCCCUACAUACACUGCAGAAUUUAAAUGAAGCUUAAUUAGUACUUAGGAACCUCUUGAAAAACAGUUUCCCUCAGUAUCCCCUACUCUAACCAGCUGCAACCUGAACAGGAUUACUGCAUAUUUUCUGCUGCAGUUACUGUGAAAUGAGUGCAACACCCCCCUGCUUUGCAGUAUUUAUUCUACUUGAAAGCUUUUCUGGGACCACCUGCGAGUUUCUCAGACACCACAACAAAAGUGAGCCAGCAGAAACCCAGUGUGGAAGAUCACUUUCCAUUCUACAAAGAGUGGGGAUUUUUCUUUUGACUUAAAAGAUGGGAAAUGGCAAAACAGACAAAAAAAAGACAACUGGGCCUUUACAGUAUCUCAACAAAACCAUUGUGUUUGCUCUACAUGUCCAGGCUUUCUACAUGGAAGUGAAAAACACGAUGAAAUAACAGAUUACAGAUAAAAACAGCAAGAAAAAAACACUUUUCCCCCAAACUCACCAGCUUUAUCUGCCAUUCUGUUUCACUUCAGGAUAUGCUCUUUUUUUAUAAAUACAAAUAUUACAUUAUUAUUAUGUAUUAUUACAUUAUGCCCCAUACAUUGGGUUCACGUAAUAUUAGUUUUACAUUAGUGGUAACUAAUUACGGAGGGCCCCGAGCUACAUUGCCCUCUUUAUAUGUGGGAACCCUUUUAGAAAGCUGUCUGCACCGUCUCUAGGAUCACAAAUAGAAAUUCAGUAAUAUCUAAAGCUGAACUGCGCCUUUCUUAGUUGAGCUGAACCCCAAUGCCACGCCUGUAACCCACACUAUGCUCCGUAAUUGCUCAGUGAAAGUCAUAAACUGCACUAAAUAGACAAACCCGUUUCAAAUAACGCCUUAGGGAGGAGACUUCAACCAGACAGACUGCACAUAUUGGUAAAAGUGCUGCAGCAAAAACAGAAAAACAACAAAAAUGACCAAACACAUAUUCUCAGAGGAGCUUUAUUUGAACCUGUUAAUUAAUCGUUCCAAAAGUGUCAGUGUGAUUAAUUGUUAGCGUAAGCAGGGGCGGCCCUACCCUGUUUGAUGCCCCGUGCGAAUAACCUGCUUUAAAUUAUUUUUUCCUAUUUUAGUUUUAGAUAAAC